UGAUGUAGAAUAUAAUAAAAUUUAGGAGCAUGCAUGCAUGCAUUUGAAAGGAGCGAAUAAGAAGUAUACGAGAACGAGUACGCAGUAGCUACUAGCUAGAACGCUAGUAGCUACUUUUAGUAUGGUGCACUGCAGGUAAUAACGAUGGUGUAACGCCUAUAAUCUAUAUUCUAUAAUAAUUUUUUAUACAAUUUGCGAAAAUGAAAAUAAAACGAAAUAUAUUCCAGAUAUAUUUAACAUACAAACCAUGCACGCAUGAUUAUAUAUGCACUCUGAAAUUGCCGUAUGUGAUUAUGAAUCUGUUAUCUUAAAUAUUUUAUGGAAAGGAGUCUGGGUCCGGUAAAAUAAUAAACCUUAAAAAAGGUUUUGGUGAUGGACAUAUUUCCUCCGCUAUAUAUAGCACCGCGAUUUCGAAAUCUUAUAUAGCUACAUACAGCGGUGUACAGACUUUACUGAAUGCAGAUACGAAGUUACAUCUUUUCAAAUAUCGGCUGGCUUUUGUCCUAAGAUGCCAUGUUCUCGUACCACAAACAAAAGGAUUUUUUCUAAAAAUAUAUGCUGUAAUGUGAAACUAUAUUACAAGCAAAUUCUCAUUAAUUCUUAUUACAGAAUUCUUGCCUGCAAUAACUUGAAACAAGUUGAUAAAUUUGAUGACGUAGCGCGUUCAGAUGAUCGAGAAACACGCAGCUCUCUUUUAUUGUUUGUGAAUGGAUCUUUCUUUUUUUACUUUAAAUUUAAUCGAUAUUAAAUUCACUUUUUAAAAGUCUGUUCUGAAUAGCCAUUUGCCACGUGUAUGGCAUAUGUUCUAUGGAAUAUUGUCAUGAUUGAAACGUUAACAAAAGACUUUAUAUAUAUACUGAAUGCAUGUUUGAUAUUAUGCAUGGAAUAGCGUCCUGUUGUGUGUUUGAAGCGGCGAUAAGCGGAACAUCUGCAUGCUGACAAAGGAUUUCGGCUUAACGAUUUAAAAAUUACGAAGCUUAAUAUGUAGAUGAUCAAUUUGAGGCUUUAUAGGGUCAUUUUCUAUACAUGAAAUAUACAUGUUUGUCAUGUAUGUGUGAAUGCACUUGAGAAAAUACUGCAUGCAGAGUUAGCGUUGUACACAAAGCUUGAAAAAUAACAAUUCCGAUUUAAUUAUUAUAGUUAAAUGUAUACUUGUCUAAGUGCUCAAGUAGUCAAGAUUUCCAGCAACAAAGUAAGAUAAAAAAUGACAGAUCUGCCUGCAUGAUACAUAUGAUUAUAUAAACCGAAAGCCUGGUUUGUGCUCGAUUGAUAUGAGUAACGCUAAUACGACGUGUCAGGAGGAAAGAGCGAAAAAAAUUGAGCAUAAAUAUGUUCACAAUGUUUACUCAAGCCAAGCGUUAAGUUAUGAUGAUUUAUGUGAUGGUCCAUGGCCAAAGAUCAAGAAUUUUUUGUUUGGUUUACGACCAGGAAGCUUUGUAGCAGAUGUCGGUUGUGGAAAUGGCAAAUAUCUUAAAGUAAGAGGUGACUUAGUUGUCCACGGUGUGGAUGUUUGUCAAGAACUAUCCCACCUAGCUUAUGAACGUCAUAAAAAUAUAAUAAUAGCAAAUAAUCUCAAUUUACCAUAUCGCUCAUCGACAAUGGAUGCAGUUAUAUCAGUCGGUGUUCUUCAUCAUUUUGCUUCGUAUAAACGAAGGUUACAAAGUGUCAAAGAACUUGCACGUAUUCUUAAACCUGGAGGACAAAUCCUAAUUUAUGUAUGGGCGUGCGAGCAAAAAAAAAGAAAGUUUAGUUCUCAAAAUGUCCUGAUUCCAUGGAAAACAGAGAGUGCUAAAAAAGAAGACUGUUUUUGCAAUCAAAAUAUCCAACCAAAUGAAGUAAACACGAAGAAAAAACAUUUUGUGGGAAAUUAUUGCUUAGAGAAUCUAAGUAUGACUGAAACGGGCGAAGAUGUUCCAAACUUCAAAAUGAAGAACACCGAAGAGGAGGUUGGCAUUGAUGUGCAACCAAGGAAAGGAGAUUCUCUAAUUGCAGUUGAUAACUCAUGUGAUCAGAUUUCUGACGAUGAAAAACAACAAGGCAAUUCAAUCAUAAAUUCAAUCAGCAUUUUCACCGAAGAUCUAAAGGAAAAACUGCAGCGUCUUUCUUUUCCAGCGAUAGGAAAAACAUCACCGUCAGUUGAGGGAAGAAAUUGUGGCGAGUCAAACAGCAAUCCGCACGACGAGUUGCAGAAAAAUUGCGUCAAUACAGUUCAUGACCUCACUUUGAAACACAGUGCAUUUUCGGCGAAAUGUAAGCAAAAAUUAGAUAGAACAGAACAAGGUAAAUUGAGUUGUCUUUGUGGUAAAAUUAAUCCGAGUUAUCCGACCUGCAAUGGUGAUAAUACUAAAGUUCCAAAAGGGUGCAAUAAGAAAAGUGAUAGUUCCUCUUUACAUGUAGAACGUUUCAAAAGAUUUUAUCAUGUCUUUACGAAAGAAGAACUAUCAGAACUGUUGCAAAAUGUUCGUAGACUGAAAAUUCUAAGCCAGUGUUAUGACCAUGGUAAUUGGGUUGUCAAAGCUGAGAGACUUGACGCCCCAGAGUGACAAUUAAAUAUUCACUGAAAAUCGAGAAAUCAAGAAGAUGAAAGCAAUGGACUCAAGAAAGUAUGGAGAAAUGCAUUUAUUUUUACUUCACCACGAUACAUUGAACAAUGUAGUUUGCCAACAGCCUUGAAUUAUGUCCAUGGCAUGCAGGUUGCUAACAGUAACAGAGUAACAGACCAAACAAUACUGCAAGAACCUCAUACCCAGGUUCUUUGUUGUAGAAGUUCAACAACAUGCGGAUGACUUAUCUUCUAUAGAAUGAACAAUCCAUGCAUAUAUAUUAGUUUCUUUCAAUCUACAAAUUAUCUAGAACAUUGACUUAAGUUCAUGGUGUUGAACAAGCCGCCCAAACAUUCGAAGAUGAAGGCUUUGUUUGUCCACAUACUAUCCUAUCCACUAUAAAAUAACAGUGCAAAAAUCGUGAAACAUCAAAUUGUAUAAUGAUUGGUGCCUUUAGUGGCUUAAUUACACAAUGGAAACUUUA